AUGUUCGAUUUUAGAUUAUCAAUUAUCUAUUGGAUUGGUUUUGUUCUCUGGUUUACUAAAUGUAUUCUUUUACUUCCGCAUGUAGCUGGUGCUUGUUCAGCUUGCAAUGAUUUAAAAGAACAACAAGUUUAUAACUCAUUAUUGUUUGCUAGCAAAUGGUUUAAUUCGACAUUUCUUAUAGCAAUGAAUAACCAUUCUAUUGAUAUUGAUCAAUUGAUUGAAAAAUGUAAAGAAAAUUCAUCAUUAUGGUCGGUUAAUUAUUUUAUUCGUUUGGGACUCUUAGAUACUAAUGUGGAUCAAAAUGUUAGUAGAGAUAAAAUGAAUAUGGAACAUCUUGAUGUCGAUGAAUAUUAUCCAAGUUACUCUAAAUAUGAACAACACUUUGUUCAUUGCCAAAUUCUUCAUGAACUGCAUCAGAAUUUUGUACAAUUAUUCUGCCAUGCUUUUGUUAAACACCUACUUAAUUAUUUAACAGCUUCAAUUAUUACAGCAAUAAGCCAUUGUCUUCUAUAUCUAAUAACAAUUCGUCUUCGUCGAUGUAUACAAAAACAUAACUAUCAACAUAAGCAUUUCAAUUUCUCAUUUCAAUCUUCACCAAUAUUUACUAGACAUCAUUCUAUAAUAUUACCUUGGAAUCAAAAUAAACAAGAUGAUAUUGAAACAACGGAAUACGAAAAUCAAGUUCAAUAA